ACUAUCGAAAACUAAUUAACUGAUUGUAGGCGUUAAGAGGCGAUUGAUUGGGCGUUAUUAAAGAUGGAAGCCAGAAACGCAUCCAAAAUCUUUUCAUGUCUUGUAAUCAAAUAUUUAUCAAAUCAUGAAAUUUCACAUUGAAGAAUCUACUUUAGAGAUAUGGCUUUUUCUUCGAGCAUUAGCAUUUUUGAUGUUCUUUUCUCAGUUUUCUUCGCUGUUUGUUUUGAUGUCUGUUUUUGGGUCUCCUGUGGUUUUGAUACCGAGGCAAUUUCAAAUUUUUGGCGGAAGUGUGCAACACAUGCGCAGUUUUCCCUAGACAAGACGGCCAUCUUGAAUCGAGGUUUGACUGAUUGACCGAAUCACGCUCGAAUAUCGUAAAAAUGGCUACCACAAACGAAGAAUAUUUUGUAAUAGGAUUUUUGAUAAUCAUAAUUAGUAUCUUAUGGAGUUUAUUCGGAUUAUUUUGGAGUAUUCUAUUAGUUUUUACCAUUUUAAUUUUGGUUUACUUGUAUGGUCGACCAAAAACCAAGAUAGCAUUGCAGAGGAAACAUUUAAAUGAUGCAGUUACAAGAGUCGAUGGAUCAUCUGAAGAUAUGGAUAAAUCUUUGGAUGUUCCAUUUACCGGACUACCAAGUCCACAGAGUUACAAACCAAGUCUCAGAUCGCCAAUGCCUUUCCUUUCACCAGAUGUUAACAAGCGUCUCAGUUUUAAUGUCAGCUCGAUAUCACCUCUGCUGGGACGAGGUUCGGGGCUGAAAGGUCCAACGCCACUCAUGAGAAGUCCAGUAACACCAUCUUCGCCAAGCCCCCGCUACUUCAGCCUGAUCAAUCCCAGUUUCCAACAACAACAAGGCACUAUCAAGAUUGCCUCCCCUGAUUUCACUCGUACUUUGACAUUGACAUCACCUUCUCCCAAGUAUGCUGACACCAGACAAACUGUUUUGUCAGCUUUGAAGCAGAGCAGUACAAGAAAGCGUAGUGUUCUUGAGCAGGAGGAAGUAGAGGCCGGAGUAGCAAGCCCAGACUUACAUACAAGCAAGAGGAGGAAGUACCAUUACCGUAGUGCUGAUGGCAUCACUGAUGAGCCAGGCGCAAGUGAUGCAUCAAUGAUAAAUAAAGAUAUUGAGGAGCCUCCCCAACCACACAGGACAAGUGCCCUGCACCAGCUCAUUGCAGCAAGAUUAAAGAGGAGACCCCUCCACAGUAAUAUUGUCGAAAGUGAAACCACAGGUCUUAAAGACAUAUCUGAUACUGAGAGGAAGAGCAAGAUUCAAAGAACCACAGGCAAAUCAUUACCAGAAGUCACUCUAAGCAAAGCAAUAACAGAUGAUAGCGACAGUGGAUGUGAUGCCAAUGAUGAUGAUGAUGACAUCAUUAUGAGAGAUGCAGGCUUUAAAUCUCGCAAGAGAAAGAGCAGCACUGAGUCUACACCUUCCAAACCCACAUUAUCACAAACCUCCAGGAGUGGAACACCAAGACUGCUGUCCAAGAAACAGAGAAAAUUACAAAAUGCUGGCUCACAAAGUCUGGGCUCAAAGCAAUCGGAGAUCAGAUCUCUAAAGAGUAUGGAUACAAUAAUCGAAAGUCCAAAGAUCUCAGAGGCCAGUGCAACAAGUUCUCCACAGACCAAGCGUUUAGAAGUACAGGGCGGCAGUAGUCCAGGAAAAAUUAUAACUGAGACCCCAUCCAAACGCUUCACCGUUGUAAGGUUCCCAUCAGCUAAAGAAGAGGAGGAGGCUAGAAGAAGACCUGUGCCAGUGUAUUGUGCAUCAGUCAAUUCUCUGGACCUGCCUCCAAUGAAAGAAAGUCCUCAAUCACUCACCAGCGAAGACAUAGAGGAGGACAAAAAGCUUGCAUGGCAGCGUGUGCAGUACCUCCUAAAUGGGUUUGAGGAGGACGACGAGGAAAAUGAGCAACAAACACAAUCUAAUUGUAUCUUGUCAGGAACUUCACCGUCUGUGGCAAUAAGAGUGAUGAACCUAUCUUCACCAUCAUCGUCUGCCGCUAAUUCAAUCAUUACAACUACCUCAUCUUUAGGGUUAUUCCCAUCAGCCACUGUCAGCAUCACUCCUAUUUCCAGUCUACAGCCUCCUACAUUCACUGUUGCAUCUUCCAGUAGCUCUACCUCAGCGACAACAUCAAAUAUUGCAUCCAGCGCUCCAGCACCUAUUUCGUCUACAGCAUCCACCACAACUCUACUCGGCCAACAAGGUUUGACUUCUUCCUCGUUUGCUACAAAUCUGGUGGGCCAGCAAACUGCCAGCUCUACACCUAGCACCACAAGUCUACUAGGCCAGCAAGCCGUGAGUUCCGUGCCUUUCCCCACAAAUCUUCUAAGCCAGCCAUCUAUAACUUCUCCAGCAGUAUCUUCGUCAUCGUCUCAGCCUGUUACCAACCUUUUUGGGUCAACUCAAUCAAGUGCAAGUUCAAAUUUUGAUGCUGUGCCAUUGGCAAGCAGACCACCACCCCCUUACAGUCUCACCCCUGGUGCCCCCCUUGGUUCCCAGGGACCAUCCAUCUUAUCACAACAAUCAGCAACAAGUUCAACAGGCUUCGAGUCGCUGUUGGCGAUGUCUAACCAGAGCACAUCAGCCGCUGCUGUGUCCCUUCCUGCAACAACCUUUCCUGUCGCAUCUACAGGAUCCAUGAGUGCAGCUGCUGGGGUAGGCUUUGGAACAAGUUCACAGCCUGUUGCUGCUGGAGGCUUGUCUUUUCCCACAGCGGCUACAACAUCAAGUGCACCUUCUGGUCCAUCUGGUUUCACGUUUGGGGGUAACAACGUGACACCAACUUCAGCACUCCCAUCCAAUACCUCUCUAGCCACGAGUGGAUUCGGAUCCAAGCCUGGUGCUUCAUUAGCAACUCUAGCGUUUGGUUCACAGGCACCCUCUAGGUCAAUGCCAAACGCCUUUGGAGCUGCAUCAGGCAAGCUGUCAUCAACAUCCGCCGGAGGUUUAGCUCCAUCUGCUACUACCGCCGCCGCUCCUUCCUUGUUUGGCAGUAGCUCUGUUAGUGCUGCUCAAAGCAGUACACCUUCUGCCGGCGGAUUCACCUUUACUUCUUCCAAACCAAACCCAGACUCUUCGAUACAGUCCUCUGCUACCACUGGCUUCUCUUUUGCCUCAAAUACCGCAGCACAGCAGAAACCUGGAACAAAGCAGGAUAGCACAAGUGCCUUUGGAGUUUCACAAACUGCUUCAAAUAAUCUGUUUGGUGCAGCAUCCGCUCAGAACACUUUUGGAGCUUCAUCGCUGAAGCAAAACACGUUUGGUAGACAACCAACUUCACAGGGUGCUUUUGACACAUCAACAAACCUUGGAGCAUUCGGAGCACCAACACCAACUCCUAGUUCAUUUGGCUCUUCCACAGCGCCUCAAACAGCAUUCGGAGGACAGGGGGUGCCACAGAACACUGGAAAUGCCUUUGGGGCACCUGCAGCAUCCCAAAAUGCCUUUGGGGCAUCCGCCGUACCCCAGAGUGCCUUUGGGGCACCCGCCGCAUCCCAAAAUGCAUUUGGGGCCCCCGCCGCCUCCCAAAAUGCUUUUGGUUCGUCAACCACAUCCCAAAAUGCCUUUGGGGCUAAAACAACAGCCCAAAACACUUUUGGGGGUGCGUCGACCCAGAAUACGUUUGCAUUUGGAGCAUCUUCAGCGGUUCCCAAAGCGUUUGGUAGGUUUUCUCAGGCUUCCACUCCGGCACCACAAGGAGGAGGGUUUGGCAAGAGCAGCAGUGGUACGAGUGCCUUUGGGCCUGCCGCCGCAGGAAGUGGCAGCCAGGGUCCAUUCGCAUCAACGGCCGUCGGAGGGCAGGGCAUAUUUGGUGCCGCUAAGCCUGCGCCACAGCCCACCCCUGCUCCAACUGCGGGUGGCUUCAGUUUUGGGAACCCUGCUGCUCCUGCUGCUACCACUGGAGGCUUCAAGUUUGGUGCAAGCUCGCCUGCGCCAAGUGGCUUCACAUUUGGCUCAGCAUCUCCUGCAGCACCGGCUUUCGGCCAGCAAGCUACCGCAGCACCGGGUUUCGGCUCUUCCCCCGCACCUGCUUCUGGAGGGUUUAACUUCACCGCUGGCACGAGCAGCCCUGCAGGAGCAUUCGCACCCACCACGCCCACACCCGCAGCGGGCGCAGCUGCCUCAUCCGUCGCCCGGUUCAAAGCUCGUGCAUCAUCCGCAAGAAGGCGUGGCAAACGAUAAAAUGUACAGCAGGGUAGAUAGGUUAGACGCUUUAGUUAGAUAAUGCUGUUAUUGGUUAGGUUAGAAGCAAUACAUGUAAAUAUUUAUAUAUAUACGUAAGGAAGAAUUUAUAGCAAAUAAAUUGUAGCGUGAUAUGG